AGCGCGUCCGGGGGAAGUCCUCGCCCUGCAAACUCCCCUCGGGUCCGCUGGCCGGGGCGGAGGGUCGCUGCGCACCGCUUCUCGGACCAAGACGGGGGGCCAUCAGGGUGACUCAUGGGGAAGCUGCUGGCGCUCGCGCUGGCUGGGAUCGUGGCCGCGCUGGUCGGAGAAAGGCUGGUGGCAUUCCGAAAUAGAAUGUGUGCCUCACGGGAACUAAAACCAAAGCGGCUUCCAAACUGUCACCUUAUUAAAGGAAUUGAGGUGGGCUCAGAAGAUAUUGACAUACUUCCAAAUGGCCUAGCUUUCAUUAGUUCUGGUUUAAAAUAUCCUGGGAUGCAAAGCUUUGCUCCUGAUAAAAGAGGAGAAAUAUUAUUGAUGGAUUUAAAAGAAGAAAACCCUCGACCGGUUGAGCUAAGAAUUAGCCGUGGUUUUGAACUGGCAUCUUUUAACCCUCAUGGGAUCAGCCUUUAUGUUGGUGAAGAUGAUGCUGUGUACCUCUUUGUCGUCAAUCAUCCACAGUACAAGUCAACAGUGGAACUAUUUAAAUUUGUGGAGGAUGACAAUUCUCUUGUGCACCUUAAAACUAUUAAGCACGAGCUCCUGCCGAGUGUGAACGAUAUUGUGGCAGUAGGUCCUGACAGUUUCUUUGCCACCAACGAUCAUUAUUUCACAGAGACCUUCUUGUUGUACUUGGAGAUGUUCCUGGGUCUGACCUGGACAAAUGUUGUUUACUACAGCCCAAAAGAAGUUAAAGAGGUGGCCACAGGAUUUUAUUUUGCCAAUGGCAUUAAUAUGUCGCCUGAUGGAAGGUACGUCUAUGUGGCUGAUCUAUUGGGUCAAAAGAUCCAUGUUUUUGAGAAACAUGCCAACUUCACUUUAACACCUUUGAAGGAGUUGCAGUUGGAUACUCUUCCUGAUAACCUUUCCGUUGAUCCUUACACUGGAGACAUUUGGGCAGGCUGUCAUCCCAAUGGCAUGAAACUGCUGCUUUAUGAUCCAGGGAACCUUCCUGGCUCGGAGGGCGUCACUUCAAGUCUUGAGACCACGCUGUGCCGGAAUGGUGCAGCAUCACCUCUGAACACUGAUGUGAAUGCAAGCCCAUUUCCAGAAGGAAAGACUGACACUUCAAAGCAGGCAGUUAUUCUCAUGAAAUUCAAAGAUAACUGUUAAAGCCUUGGAUAAGGAUACAGAGCUCUGUGUAAUGAAGACAAGGAAGAUAUUGGAAGGAAACAGUAAUCACUUUGGGUUUCUCCCCUGAAAGAUGUCUUCACAUUCCUGAUAGAAUAAUUAAUUCUCAUGCAUCACUGCU